AUGGCCGACACCGUGGAUCCGUCGAUUUUCGAUGUGAAAAGUCCGCUUGAUGUGAAUACGCCAAUCACAUCGGAUCGGACCGCCCAUAUUCGGAAUUAUACGACGAAACCGAGAUUGACGUAUCAAACAGUUUGCGGAGUCAACGGACCGCUAGUGAUCCUUCGCGAUGUCAAAUAUCCAAUGUACAAUGAAAUCGUGAAGAUUACGUUGCCGAACGGCGAGCAACGAAUGGGACAAGUGCUCGAGACGUUUAAGGGAAAGGCUGUUGUUCAGGUAUUCGAAGGAACGACAGGAGUCGAUGCAAAGCAUACGAAAUGUGAGUUCACCGGUGACAUUUUCCGUUCGCCAGUGUCCAUCGACAUGCUCGGUCGAAUUUUCAACGGAUCCGGAAAGGCGAUCGAUAAGGGACCGCCCGUGAUGGCCGAGGACUAUUUGGAUAUCAAUGGACAGGCGAUUAAUCCGUAUAAUCGUAUCUAUCCGGAAGAAAUGAUUCAAACGGGAAUCUCCGCGAUCGAUGUGAUGAAUUCGAUUGCUCGCGGACAGAAAAUUCCGAUUUUCUCGGCCGCCGGUCUUCCCCAUAACGAGAUUGCCGCUCAAAUUGUCCGUCAAGGGGGGCUAGUUCAACUGCCCGACCGUAACAACGAAGCGGUCAAUUUUGCUAUCGUAUUCGCCGCGAUGGGGGUGAACAUGGAGACGGCGAGGUUCUUUAAACAGGACUUUGAGGAGUGUGGAUCUAUGGAUAACGUGUGUUUGUUCUUGAAUUUGGCAAAUGAUCCGACGAUCGAGAGGAUUAUUACACCGAAAAUUGCACUCACGGCGGCGGAGUUUUUUGCGUAUCAUUGUGGAAAACAUGUGUUGGUUGUGUUGACUGAUAUGUCAUCGUAUGCCGAGGCGUUGAGAGAGAUCUCAGCGGCUCGCGAAGAAGUGCCGGGUCGUCGUGGUUUCCCCGGGUACAUGUACACAGAUCUGGCGACAAUUUACGAGCGGGCGGGUCGAGUGAAAGGGCGCGAGGGCUCAAUCACACAAAUUCCGAUUCUGACGAUGCCGAAUGACGAUAUCACUCAUCCGAUUCCAGAUUUGACUGGAUAUAUUACGGAAGGACAGAUCUAUGUGGACAGACAACUCCAUAAUCGGCUGAUCUACCCGCCAAUCAAUGUGUUGCCAUCGUUGUCUCGUCUCAUGAAAUCGGCGAUUGGAGAGAAUAUGACACGCGAGGAUCAUUCGGAUCUCUCCAAUCAGCUAUACGCAUGCUACGCGGUGGGAAAAGAGGUGCAAGCGAUGAAAUCGGUGGUCGGCGAGGAGGCGCUCUCACCCGACGACCUCCUCUUCCUCGAGUUUCUCAACAAAUUCGAGAAGAACUUCAUCUCGCAAGGACACUACGAGAAUCGCACGAUCGUCGACUCUCUCAACAUUGGAUGGGAAUUGCUGCGAAUUUUCCCGAAGGAAAUGCUGAAACGGAUUCCUGGGGCACUGUUGGAGAAGUAUUACACGAGAAAGAAGUGUUAA